AUGGUUGCCGGCUCAUUGCAGCAGAAGGAUGACAGAAAGAAGAAUUUAGCUCUCGCUCCCUUUGCAAAGCCAUUGAUCAAGCAAGAUUUCAAGACAUCCAUACUUCGACAAGUCAAAUUUGACAGAAAGAAGCACAAAACACACAAAUUAGGCAAUUUCAAAGGCGCGAAAUUGCUUGGUGCUAGCAUAUUCGAUGCUGAUUUGACAGGAGCCGACCUUUCUGAAGCUGAUCUUAGGAUAGAUAAUUUCUCCAAUCGUUCCUACCUGCAGGCAAAUUUAAGCAACGCGAACUUGGAAGGCAGAACUGCAACGGGAAACACAUCUUUCAAAGGAUCAAAUAUAACAUGUGUUGAUUUCACAUAUGUAUCACUGCGAGAUGAUCAACAUGAAUAUCUUUGCAAAGCUGCAGGUGGGGUGAAUUCGACAUCCGGAAACGCAACACGGGACACAUUGCUUUGCAAUUAG